AUGGAGGGUGGAAGAAUUCCAUUUUUCAACCUGAACGACGAUCCAACCAACGCUGGUGAUCGUUGGAAGAAAUGGAUUGCUCGCUUUGAAAAUUUUUUAAUAGCGAGCGAUAUCAACAAUGUCGAAAGACAGAAGGCAUUAUUGUUACAUUAUGCCGGUGAAGACGUUUUUGAGAUCUUUCACAAUUUGCCAAAGCUGACUACAACAACAAAGGAACGCGUCGACGAAAAAGGCGCGAGAACAAGAGUCGAGAUGGACUGCUUCGAAAUAGCGAAACAAAAGCUAUCGAAUUAUUUCUCGCCCAAAACAAACAUCGAAUUCGAAAUAUUUUCCUUUCGGCAGGCAAAACAGAUUCCCAAUGAAACAGUUGGACAGUUCUAUGCACGGCUUUUGAAAUUUAGUUCCAAUUGCGAAUUUUCAGACAGAGACAAAGAAAUCAAGUCUCAAAUCAUAUGCACAACAACAUCGCAUAGAUUGAGAGAUUUUGCCUUCCAAACAAAGCCAACACUUCAAAAGUUGUUAGAAGAAGCAAAAACGAUUGAGAUGUCUGAGGAACACGCAAUCAAAAUAGAAGCGCAACAGCAACAUACAACAGAACAAUGCAAUCAUGUUGCGAGAGCGAAACAACACUAUAAUACAAAGCGCACCAACACCAACACAAACCCAAACAAAAAAAGCGCGCAAACACAAAAACACUCCAACAACAAUCCAAACUGUAAGAACUGUGGAAACAAUUGGCAUUCUGAAAAUGAUGAAACACUAGACUCCGUAUUUACAAUAAAUGAUGCUACUAACAACAAUUUGCCAACUAUAACAGUUUCCAUCAACAAAACACCAACGAACUUCACAAUUGACACAGGGUCAACCGCAACAAUCAUAAGCAACAGUACAUUCAACAAACUAACGAACAGACCAACAUUAACAAAACACACAGGAAAAAUAAUUCCAUAUAAUUCCACAACUUCAUUGCCGAUAAUUGGAAAAUUCACAGCCAGUCUUACUUUUAAACAACAUUCCAUAGCCGAGACAAUCUACGUAAUAGAUAGCCAAGCAAUAUCCAUUCUCAGUUACAACGCAUCAAAACAACUCAACAUAAUCCACAUAGUCCAACAAUUAUCAAACAACAUCAGUCUCGACAUCAAACAGAAGUACCCUGAAGUCUUCAGAGGAAUCGGGAAACACAAUAAACACAAAGUACAUCUUUUCAUCGACAAAGAAGUACCACCAGUCGCACAACGUUUCCGUCGAAUUCCAUUCCAUCUAAGAUCAUCAGUUGAAGACGAAAUCAACCGCCUACUCAAAGCAGACAUCAUUGAAAAAGCAACAGGUCCAACACCGUGGGUAUCACCAGUGGUGAUUGUACCAAAACCCCACAACCCAACAGCUAUUCGGAUGUGCAUUGAUAUGCGAGCAGCCAACAAAGCCAUUCAACGUGUCAGAAAAAUAACACCAACUCUGCAAGACAUAAUAACAUCUUUAAAUGGCACAACAGUCUACAGCAAAAUCGACCUCAACGAAGGCUAUCAUCAAAUCGAAUUGGAUGAAGAAUCGCGUUUCAUCACGACUUUCAGCACACACUGUGGAGUCUACAGGUACAAAAGACUCAACUUCGGUGUCAACACAGCAGCCGAAGAGUUCCAAGACAUCAUCCGACAGACGCUCAACAACAUCAAAAACGUCCUGAAUGUGAGUGAUGACAUAUUCAUUUUUGGGAAAACGCAAACUGAACAUGAUCAAGCACUUGAAGAGGUAUUUCAACGACUUCGUGCAAACAACCUAACAGUCAACGAGAAAAAGUGUGUAUUCAGCCAACCCCAGCUGAAGUUUUUCGGUUUUGUUUUCUCAAAGGACGGCAUCCAACCAGACCCCGAGAAAGUAGCAGUUUUUGAACAACUCAAAACACCCAACAACGUCUCAGAAGUCCGCAGCAUCCUUGGUAUGUUAAAUUUUGCUUUACCUUUUCUUCCAGAACUAGCAACACACACCCAACCAUUGCGAGAACUCAUUCAAAAAAACACCGAGUUCGUUUGGAAGAAGAAGCACGAGGAAGCAUUAAUUUUCCUAAAGAAGCUAAUGGGAGAUGCAUCAAAACUUGCCUACUAUGACAUGAACAAGCCAACACAUCUACAUGUCGAUGCCGGUCCUGAAGGUCUUUCUGGUAUCUUGUCGCAACACCACAACAAAAGAUAUGAGAUCGUGGCAUAUGCAAGCCAUGCACUUACUGCGGUCGAGAAAAGAUACAGCCAAAUAGAGAAAGAAAUGUUAGCAGCAACAUGGGCAAUGGAACAUUUCAAGAUCUAUUUGUAUGGGACUAAGUUCACGCUCCAUACAGAUCACAUGCCGUUAAUAAGUAUUUUUAAGAAUCCUUUGUCCAAGCCAACAAGCAGAAUUGAGCGACUAUUGCUCAAGACACAAGAGUUUAGUUUCAACAUUCAACAUCAACAAGGUAAUUCAAAUCCUGCAGACUAUUUCUCCCGACAUCCAAACAACAGUUACAACAAAAACAACAUAAUAGAACAGUACGUAAACUUCAUCAUCAAUAAUUCACUACCGAAAGCGAUCUCCCUGCAAACAAUACAAGAAGAAACACAACAAGAUCCAAUUCUACAACUUCUCAUCAAAGCAAUUACAUCCAACAGCAACACCCAAUGGAACAGCAACCAAAUAUCGAGGUAUAAAGGUGUACGGCAAGAACUAUCCAUAGCAGAAGGAUGUGUACUUAAAGGUUCACAAAUACUUUUGCCCCACAAGCUAGUUCAACGUGCCAUCGCUUUAGCACAUAAAUCCCACAUGGGAAUAGUUAAAACAAAACAAUUGCUCAGAACCAAAAUUUGGUUUCCUGAUCUCGACAAGAAAGUAGAAGAAACCGUGUCACAGUGUCACAUUUGCCAAGUGGUUAAUAAUCAAAACCAUCGUGAACCACUUUCAAUUGUCGAACUAGCGUCAACACCAUUUGAGAAAGUGUCGAUGGAUUUUGCUGGUCCGCUUCCGAACGGGAAGUACUUACUCAUUUUGGUCGAUGAGUAUUCGAAGUAUCCAUUCGUCGAACAGAUACACUCAACAAAAUUCAUUGAUGUGAAGAAAGUAUUAACGAAAAUAUUUUCUGCAUUCGGUACUCCAUUGAAUUUGAAAUCCGACAAUGGACCACCAUUCAGCAGCCACGAGUUUAAAGAAUUCAUGGAUUCCCAGAACAUUAAACAUCACAAAACAACCCCGUAUUGGCCAGAAGCAAAUGGAGCAGCGGAACGCAUGGUGAAGACAAUCAAAAAGUCUCUCAUUUCAUCCGAGCUAGAACACCAUAAUUGUUUAUCACAACUGGACAUGUUUUUGAUGGACUAUCGCUCAACUCCGCAAGCAACAACUGAAGUAUCUCCGUUCGAAUUGAUGUUCAACAGGAAGAUGAAUAACUUUCUGCCAACACUGAAAGAGAAGACAACAAAACUGGUCAACAAAGAACAAAACAACAAACUCAAAAAUAAACAAUACGCAGAUAAACGAAGACACACCAAACCAGCAGCAUUCAAAGUCGGCGACCAGGUAAUUUGCAAGCAAAGAAAAAUUAAUAAACUUACUCCACCGUAUGAUCCUGAGCCGAUGAAAAUAACCAAAAUCAUUGGUUCGCAAAUUUGGGCCAGAAGAGAAGGAGAGACCAAUACAAUUGUAAGAAACUCUUCGUUCUUCAAGAAUUUCGUCAAGCCCAACAUCCAACAAAUAACAACAAGAAGACCUGCACGCAAAAAUUACAUCAACUAUAAAGAGCAAAAUCAAAUUGAUUCAAAUUCAAAUGAAAAUUCUGAAAAUUAUCAACAGUUUCCAACACCAGCUGAUUUUGACAUUGCUAUAGAUGAAAACAACAGAGAUGUAACUGAGGAAGUUGAAGUUUUCACCACUCCACCAAAUUCACCACAAUUAAGAUACGAACACAAGCGCAGUACUAGAUCGAAGAGACCACUGCGUUUUGAUGACUACAUAUUAGAAUAA